ACUGGUUUUUUUAAUGAAAAAACCCAAAGUUGCCAAUGUAUUGUUUCUCUUUCGUGCUCUUCUCGUUAAUGAAGCGUAAACAUUCACCAUCCGACAAUAGCACAGGAGAACCAUCCUCCGUAACAAAGCGGUUGGACAAGAGAAAGGGUAGAGAAGGGCAACUAGAUGAGCAGCUGCUUCGUUUUUCUUGCCAAGAUGUUGACAUAAACAUUACUUCUCCUAUCAUACCUAUUGAUAAUAGUUUUCGUGAUAUAAUUCUUAAUGCAAUGAACAACUAUACGCAUAGUUUUAAUGAAAGUAUUAAGAGCACUGUCAAGUUUCUGAAGAAACAUAAAAUACAUGUAGUUCGUAAAAAAAUGGACGAAAAUAUCAACAUAAUGAUGGUUACUUCACCCAUACAAUACUUGGUUGGGGUUCUUAAUGGAAAAUUGGAGAAUAAGUUUGUGUUGCAUUCAGAUAGGCAUCCAAAUCUCACUGUUAUUCCAAAAGACAUGCUAUUGCUUUACGCUUUUAGUCAAGUCUAUGGGUAUACAAUCUACUGCUUUUCAAGUAGGUCCAAACCAGCAAUAAUUCAUCCCAACAACAAGCACCGUCAAGACCGCUCUUUACCGUACUUAGGUGUAUUAAAAUCAAUUAAUUCGUAUACUGGUACUGUUGAAUGGUUUGGAUUGGAACUCAAAAACAGACCCAAAGACAUGUCAGAUGAUACCACCCCCACCAAUAGAAUUCCCAAGAAUAUCGUAGCUAAAAAACGAGCCUCAGACGACAAAAAACCUAGAGCAAAGAGACAAAGCGUCUCCUCUGUUAUAGAUGAUGAAAUAAUUAGGCUGCUUGUUGAAGAAACGAACACAUUAUAUCAAAAGAAAUGGUCCAAGUUCAAAAUUGACAAGCACAAAACCUUAUCUGAAAAUAUACAAAGAUUUUCAUCAACUUUAUCAACCAAACAGUUUCCAACAGGCUCUGCUGGUAUUGUAAAAACAAAGGUUGAGCAGUUGAUCAGGCAAAAUCACUUCCCGACCGUUAAGCUCGAAGAUAUACCAACGUCAGCAUUGUGGGUGCAACAAAAAAUUAAUCGACUCAAACAAAAUGGCAAAAUCAGCAUCGAUAAAUGUAUCAGUGACUUUAUAAUGGGUUUAAACUCAGAAUCAUCAAUACAAGAUAGUGCGCCUGAGGAUACAGAUACGGUAAUCGAUGAGAAUGACGACCAAGAUUUAGAAGAUAUUGAUUACAGAACAGUCAGUAGAAUCCUAAAACGAGUAAUUAAUAAAGACUUGGACUAUGGCAUCUUUUUGAAAAAGCUCGAAGAUCUGCAAGAGAUCUGUGAUAAAUGCUGUUCGGGCCUUUCGAAAGCAACGGAAAUUUUGGUUGACGGUAUUACAUCAGGUGAUAUCUUUCCUUCUAGAGAGCGCACCUUUUUUGAUUUUCAAUUCAUUGAUUUGCCCUCACUCAAAAUUGAAACUGGCGAAGAGAAAAUCGCGAUUAUAGAUGACAGUGAUGAAACAUUUUUAAAACAAAGUGAUAUAUUUACGUUUAAAGGCUUUUGGAAAUUGCUUUCCAGUUCAGUAGGUAGAAAAAAACCACACGAGUAUAAACACCCGGUGAUUGACUACGUAUCAAGAAAAAUAUCAAGCGAAAACUAUUGUGACUUUACAACCACACCAACUUUAGUUUCUGCGUGUAAACAGUUCUUUACCAAUUUUUCAAACAUGUGGACCUAUCAAAGAUUUGUUUCUGAUUUGAGAGUCACACUUACCCUUAUUUUACGCUUGCAUCUUUGUCCGAAGAAAUCCCAUCGUCUGAACCAUCCACAUGCAUCAAAGAAGCAGAAACAAAAUUCACAAAAAUCCCUCAAAACAGUUAAAAAGCGACACCAAAAAAGGGUCAUGAUAGAUUUGUUUGACGCGAUUGCAAAAUAUAACGCAGGAAAGCUGAACAAAAUACAUGUUGUGGAGAAACUUAUCGACGGUGUUUUCAAUUCUUGUGAGAGGGGCCGUUCAGAUUUGGAACCACCUGUAAAUAAAGAUGAUAAUUCCAACGAAUUUGAAGAAGACGCCGAAGAUUUUAAUGAGAAUGACGAAGAUUUAGUAAUAAUUGAUAAUGUUACUGAGUUAGAUACCAAUGAUAACGAUGUCAAAGACCUGUCAGCCAAAGAGAUUAAAGCUUUGUGUGCAGUAUGCACAAUGUUGAUUACGUCCCCUUCCAUCGAAGGAAAUGUAGACGCAGCCUAUAUCAAAAAGCAACUUUAUUACGAUAAGCAAGAAUCUAUACCCGCCCAUGCAUUAGACACUUCUGCUAGAAUAGUCAACGAGUUACGACUAAUAAGUUGUAAAAAAGAUGAGAAAAACGCUUUCAGAUUUUUUCAGAUGCGCAAAAUCAGAAACUCACUGGUCAAGUUUGUUGGUCCGACGGGUACAAGAUUUAAGGAGAAUCGAAUGUUUCCAAAGAAGGUCGAAGAAAAGCAAAAGAUGUCUAUCAAUGUUGAUGCCAGGACCUUAUAUCUUUUAUUUGCUAAAGAGUACAACAUUUUUAAGCUCGAUGGUGUAAAUAUGUUUACGAGUUCGGCAACAAUCAAGUCCAUAGAGGACAAGAGGGCGGUUUUUUCAAACUUUUUCAAUUUAAACAUGAUUGAAAGAAUUAUCCAGGAACAAAAACUAACCCCAAUGUAUUCAUUUAAGUUUUGUCAUAAGUACAGCCUAAACUUUCUUGGGUAUAAAAACUUGCAAAAGGAAGAAGUGCCGCACGUUAUUUCUACAAGUAGUUUCACCUCCAUGGACAGUAAUACAGAAAAUAGGAAACUGAAGGUCGAACGUCUUCACAAAGAAAUUAAAGAAGAAAAAGCAUUGCAAGUCCGUCUGAGUAAAAACGUUCGUGAAAUAGAAAAUACUAGAAUGGAUCUUGGCCAGACCUUUAGAAAAAACCAAAAGCUAGGUACAAUGACUUGUGAUUCAAACCUCUAUCGAAACUUGAAGACCAUCCGCAAGGAAUGUAACGCAGUAUACAGUCAACUUCUUUCUCUGAAUAAAUCAAUCAAGACCAAGAGCUCAGAAAUGUAUUACUUAAACAAAGGGAUACAUAAUCAGAAUGAACCAACCCCAACAGCUGGUAUAUGUCUUUCUGAAAAAUCACAAAAUAGCAUCAUAUCAGGCCAAGCAAUUAUUCAAGGCUUAGAUCCAGGUGUUGUAACAACUGCUUCAAUCAGUGCAACCAAAUCUUCUUCUAUGUUUCAAAGUAUUAAUAGGUAUAGCGCACUGGAAAGUCUGGAAAAUUGUGACCAUGAUGUCGAAAAUGAAGUAACCUUUGAACUGACGGCAAAGCGAGUAAAUAGCGCUAUACUAGACACCAAGCACAUGAUACAGAGACAAAGAAAAAUUAAAAACAAAAAGAAGCUUACACCGUCGUAUCUAAACCAGCGUCAAGUCACUAGGAGUAUUCGUCUGAAAAGAUAUUACCAGCAUCUGCAUUCCUCAUAUAGGCAGAAACUGUUCCGACUUUUAGGUAACUCUGGUAAAAACCGUAGCGUCAUAUCAUUUCUGGGAAACUGGUCUGGUGUUUCGACUUACAUAAAGGGUCAUACUAGAAGAAGCUUAGACCCUUUUAUAACACAACUAAAAAGUGUAGAAUUGGACAGUUUUGCGGUGGUUGAUGAGUACAAGUCAACAGUGACAUGCAGCUCAUGUUUUUCUUGCACAAGUAAGCAACUUGUCAGGAGAAACGGCAAAAUCAAAAGGCUCAAAGGGGCAGUAGUUUGCAACAACUCGAAGUGCCCAAGAAGAAUCUCUUCAAAAUCAACAACCAUUAACCGUGAUCAAAACGGUGCAAAAAACAUUGGGUUAAUUGGUUUUUCUUCCAUAGUCUCGAUCGAUGCUCAGCCGCUUCCGCCAUUUAGGCGUACCUUUUAUAAUACACAUAAGUAUGGCGACGGCAAACACAUAUAA